UUUAGUUUUUGUUUCUUGCACUUACGCGGUAUUAAUCACAAUGGCUAAUUUAGUGGCUAGAUUAACAAUUAAAAAUCGCGCACUUUUAACACAACGACAAAACGCGACUGUGUGUAGAUCGUUAAAUAGAAAUUUAAGCGGAUAUAGCGCGAAAUUUCAGCCAAAAUAUGCCAGACAUUUGCUGCUUGUGGGCGGUUGUCUGGCGUCGGUGGCUGCAUUUAUUAAACUGAGAAGUAUUAACAACACUGCAAGUGCAGCAACUGUAAAGAGAAUCAAUUUGCGCGAUGAAUCCGAUAUUGAGAAUGUUAAGCUCACAGCACGCGAGCGUCGCUUCAUCAAGUUCGCCUCAGUGGAGUUUGAUAAUCAGUUGUAUAUGACGCCACAGGACUUUUUGGAUUCAGUGGUGGAGCAAGAGCCCAGACCGCGUCUAAAGCGUCGACUGCUGAGCAAUGAGGAAGUGGAUAAAUAUAAGGAUAAUACGCCAGCGCUUAAAAAAGGCUCAACGCGACUGUUUCGCAAUCUGAGAGAUAAAGGCAUUAUUUCGUAUACGGAGUACUUGUUUUUGUUGUCUAUACUAACAAAGCCCAAAUCUGGAUUUCGCAUAGCCUUUAAUAUGUUUGAUACCGAUGGAAAUCAACGCGUCGAUAAAGCAGAAUUUCUAGUUAUUGUUUCUAUUUUGGCCGGUGCGCUCAAAGAUAUGCAUAACGUUGAUGCUCAAACAAAGGCAAUUCUAACGCGUUUAGUUUCCUAUGAAGAACGCAGCCAGAUUAAACGUACCAUGGCACCACAGCCAGGUCUUAUGGAGCGCAUAUUCAGCGGCGCUUGGAAAGAAAAACAUGGUGAGCAAACGUCUGAAAAUGAUGAAGAUAUUGCCGAGACUCCAUUAGAGAGCGAGUAUGUUAACGAUGGCGAAGGACUGCAGCGUCGUCAUGUUGUGCCCACAACUUUGCAGCUUCAUUUCUUUGGCAAGCGCGGCACAGGCGUCAUUAACUAUGAUAACUUCUAUCGCUUUAUGGACAAUUUGCAAACGGAGGUGCUGGAGCUGGAGUUCCACGAGUUCAGCAAAGGCAACAGCGUUAUAAGCGAACUUGACUUUGCUAAGAUUCUGCUGCGCUACACUUAUUUGGCCACUGAUGAGUACGAUGUGUUCUUGGAGCGUCUGCUGCAGCGCGUACGCGAGGAGAAAGGCAUUUCAUUUAAUGACUUUCGCGACUUUUGUCAUUUUCUGAACAAUCUGGAUGACUUUACCAUAGCUAUGCGCAUGUAUACUCUAGCAGAUCGUGCUAUAUCCAAGGAUGAAUUUGGACGCGCUGCCAAAAUCUGCACUGGCUAUUCGCUAAGUCAGCAUUUGAUUGAUACUGUCUUUGCUAUAUUCGAUGCAGAUGGUGAUGGUUUGUUGUCCUAUAAGGAGUUCAUAGCUAUAAUGAAGGAUCGUUUGCAUCGCGGCUUUAAACAAGAUGCUGAAAUUAUAGCAAUGCGUUUAAAAAAGGUAACUGAAGCAUCAGCUCAAGCGCAGUCUGUGGCCAAGUCAGAGGGCUGGGAGGCCUUCAAGUACUGUCUGCGCAAUGAAAUGAAGUCGGCCAAGAAGUCAGCCAACUGUUAAUGUCCAACACACAGUCGGCGCGUUUAAGCCAAAAGUGUAACAAACACAAUCAUUAGCUCUACCAAAUUAUUUGUGCAAUCUAAAAAUCUCUUGUUAGCUACAUUUUGUUAAAUUAUGAAUCUGUUAUAACCCCAAAGCUCGCUAGGCCAAAAACUAAAUUUGUUAUAAUAUUUAUGCGCAUUUAAAUGCAGUUGUUAACAAAAAGAAAACCAAAU